AUGACGAGAUUAGUGGCUUUCAUCUUGCUGUGGUAUUCAUCCAAUGUCUUAUACAACGUGGUCAACAGGCGUCUACUGCAGGAAAUCCAUGCACCGAUUCGCAUAGCUUGGGUUCAGCUGGUCACUUUCUCCGGUCUGGCAUAUAUUGCGUGGCAAACGUCUGUGCUGCCCAAACCAACAGCACUACUGCAGAAUUUGACAGCAUUCGUGCCGAUCGGUAUUGCUUAUGCUGGUGGUCAAAUGGCCACCGUGUUGUCCCUGGCUUACGGCGAUGUGUCCCUGACCCACAUGGUGAAAUCACUGGAGCCUGUUGCGAAUGCUGUGCUGUCUGUGAUAGUUUUGGGAGAGUGCCUCCAUCCUAUCAGGUACGCAGCCUUGGCUGCAAUAAUGACGGGUGUGGCCAUGUGCUCUGCAGACCAUGUGGCAGUCCAGAGCACAACGGUGACAUGUGCAGCCAUUUCAAACGUCUGCUUUGCGCUUAGAAAUGUUUUGGCGAAGAAGAUCGGGGAUGGCGGCCACAGUGGGCACGAAAGCCCGGCAGUUGUGAAGACCAACCAGCUGGCCAUCUUGACCACGGUGUCUGCAUUGGUAUCAGCACCGGUGGCCAUAGUGGAGCAACUGUUGGACAAAGAACACACAUGGAUCGGUAGCUGGGGGCACCCUUGGACGCUCUUGAAGGCAAGCUUCUUAUUCGUAGCAUAUCAGGUCUCUUCCUUUUGGGUCCUGUCUUGCGUACAACCAAUCACACACAGCGUGCUGAAUACAUUCAAGAGAGUGGUUGUGAUUGCCACCGCGUGCGUUUAUUUGCUGGAGCCGAUCUCCUCUAUGCAAAUGAUCGGCGUGGCUGUUGCCACCUUGGGAGCAUGGGGUUAUGUCUGCCCGGAAAGUGGUUUCCGCGUUCCGUUUCGGAGGUGCAUUGCUGGCCCCCUGGGGCUGAGCCUCGCGUGCACGUGCGCAGGGAUGCUUUCAGGAAGGCGUCUUCCGUUCAGCUUUGACGUUGCAGAGGUUCAGAAGCCGAUCACCGUCCUGUUUGGCGCAAUCGGUCGGCAUAACUUUGGGGAUUUGCUCAUGGCACACGUGGCAGCCGAGCUGCUGCGCCAGCAUUGUGCUGUCGAGGAAGGAGACCUGGUUUUCGCCGAUCUUUUGGCAAGGGACUUGCGGACAUGGGGCGGGCACAACGUGCAGAGUGUGGUGUCCUUCGCCGAGCCAAAGUUUUCCAACACAACCGUCAACGUUGUUGCUCUUGGUGGAGAGACGGCGUCUUGUUCAGUCGGGGGUGCGCUUGACAUGCUGGUGAAUGGGAACGGAGCUGAGCAGAUGGCGCUGGAUGAGCUGACCAUGAGCGCAUCGCACUGGAUCAAGUUCAAGGCAGAAGCACCGCUUGCGUACAUCCUGCCGAAGAGCUUCUUCAAGAAGCCUGGCAAGUUUAUUACAAACACAAUCGGAGGCAUACCCACUGGCGACACUGACCCUCUCCUGCAGGAGUACGAUUUCUGCAGCACCCGGAAUCCGAUCGGCAACAUGACAUGGAAGCACUUGGCCCCUGACAGCGUCGUAGUGCUUCGCAGCUUGUUUGACGGCCGGAUUUCCUCGCGUGCUCCAGUCACUCCUAGGCCGUACAUUGCUGUACAAAUGAAGCAGAUGGGCUUUCCGACAAACUUUGCCAGUGAGCUUGCCUGGUCGGCGGGGGAGCUGUCUGCCGACCUCAUCUUUUUUCGCGCAGGUGCGGCUUUCGGACAUGACAGCUGGAGCAACUGCAAAAUCUGGCGUGGCAGGUGA